AUGCCAACUGAGUUUGAGGCUGCCUGGAAAGGACUCAUGGAUAAGUACAACCUCCAUGAUGAUGCCACGAUAGUGGCCAUGUGGAACGAGCAUGAGAGAUGGAUAUCAGCUUACUUCAAAGAAAUUUUCUGUGCCAAAAUGAAGUCCAUACAACGAAGUGAGAGCAUGAACUAUGUGCUCAAGAAGAACUUCGUAAGUGAGAGACAAAACCUCCACCGGUUUGUCAGCCACGUAAACUCCUGCGUCAAAACCAGGAGGCAGACAGAGAACCAGGAGACAAUGGGUAACGGGCACGCGUUCCAGGUGGUUGCAAACCCUGUGGGAGAAAUAUAUGACUGCAAGUGCAAGCUAUGGGACCACACAGGUAUUUUCUGCGUGCAUGUCCUGUGCAUGAUGCAGACAAUUAAGGCUGCCAGCGUUCCAGAGAAAUACAUCCUCAGGAGAUACACCAAACGCCCGAACAUCCAACCAACAUUCAACAGAAAUGACUUGAGGACAGUAGCGUCAAACAAGGCCUGCCAAUACUGCAUUGAAAGCGCACUGCUGCAGCUGAACAUGAGGGUGCACAGAAAAAGCUUGAGAAGCCAAGAGCAAAUGACGAGGUCACGGGUCAUCAUGGACAAACUUGAACACGAACUCGACGCCAUGCAUUCUGCUGAAAAUGGAGGUGUCGCGGACAGCGAAGCCAUUGAGCAGGAUAUUGCAACAAUCUUAUCUGAGAUGAACCAUCUGGGAGCUAUUGACCCAUUCGACAACGAGGAAGAGGAGCAACAGCAACCAGAGCUUCCCCAGGUGCACACUCAAGAGCAGCAACAUGCUCACAUGCAAGAUCAUGAGCUUGAUGGUGUUGUAGGCGAACGACAUGACAACAGGAUACCCUACCAGUAG